AUGCUAAAAGAAAGAGCUGCUACGAGGCACGCCUUGAAGUUGGAGCUGCCUGAUGUGCCCUUCGAUGACGAGCUCCUGGAGCACUUGGCCACAGUGGACACGGAGGCCAAAGAUGCCCUGGAGGCUUGGCUGCCCUUCCUCAUCUCACAUUCCGUGGCCUCUGACGAAGAAAGUGCCAGCGAAGUGUUCCGAAGAUUGGCUGCGAGGCUCCAAUCCCUGGCGAGGCAGUCAGAAGACUUCGGGGCCCGGUCCAGCAGCCCGCGGCCAUCACAGCCCUCACGGCCUGAGGCGUCGACUGCUACGGAGCAGGGGGCUCCGCCGAUUCCUGGCCUGGAGGAUUGGCUUGAGACACUUUCACUGUCAGCGUAUUUGCCAAAGGCUCGCGCCUGGUGCUCCAAAGUGGGUGUGGCUACGCUGCAGCAGGUCAUGGAGAAAUGGGAGGAGCUGGCUACGGAGCUCCAGCUAAAGGAACUGCCGAAGCGGCGUAUGAGGAAGGCCGUGGAGGCCUGGCGACCAUCGAACUCAGUUCUCGUUUCAGCAGCGGCGUGCGACAGAGAUGACAGGACCAGUGCAGAUCAAAUCGCACGAGCUAGUGCUGAGAGGCGCUUGUUUGGUCCCGACGACGACCCGUACGUAGUCUUGGACAAGCUCGGCGGAGGUGGCCAGGGAACAGUACAUCGAUGUUGGAGGCCGAAGCACAAGGGCGAGGAGUUCGCGGUGAAAAAGAUUGCGCUCCAAAAGCAAUUCAGGCUUCAGCGCGAUGCUGACCGUACCAAGGAGAAACUGAAAGCAGAAGCGAACAUCUUGUUUUCCCUCCGACACUCACACAUUGUGCAGCUCUUCGACGUUGUCGAAACGAAGGAGUGGCUCUACUUGGUCAUGGAGUUGGUAGAGGGGGGUGAGCUUUUCGACCACAUCGUCAAGCACAAGUACAAGCACUUGUCUGAGCAUGAGGCGCGAUACGUCUUCCUGCAGUUGGCAGAUGCGUUGAGAUACAUCCACUCCAAGGGUGUGGUGCACCGGGACUUGAAGCCAGAAAAUAUCCUUGUGGAUCGCAAGGCAUCCAGAAACGGCUUGCUUGAGGUCAAGAUCACGGACUUCGGGUAUGCGAAGCUGGUGGACGAUGGUUACAGCACUGCUCUCACCCAGGUUGGGACCCCGCAAUAUUGGGCACCCGAGGUUUCGGAUGCCGGAGUCUGUGCAAGAGGUUACGACGAGCGUGUGGAUCUUUGGAGCCUGGGCGUCGUGCUCUAUGUCAUGUUGGAGGGCGUAUACCCUUUCAGCAGCGAGGAGCAGAUAAAGCAGGCCAGCUUCAAGUUCCACCAACCCACCACAGCGACAGCCAAAGACUUGAUCCGAGCAUUGAUCCAAGUACGCCCGGAGGACCGGCUUGGCUUGGACGAUUGCCUCAAGCACAGCUGGGUCACGACGGAUACUCGCUUGGCUUCGACGCUGAAGCCCAGCGGCCCAGAGGGUGACAUCGAAUGCUUUAACUUGGGCCGUGAACCCUCCAAUGUGGUUGAGCUCAAGAGCGAGUUGCAGAAGUUCAUGACCAAGUUCAAAGUCUCCGCACAACUGAAGAAGCGGCAGGUGGAGGUGACAUGGUCGAAGAAUGUGGACAGAGAGGCCACGCAGCGCUAA